AGGUGAACUGGUGGACUUUACAUGCUACAACUCAAACCCUCUCCUUUCCAUCACCAACACCGAAAACACAUACAUCGGCGGCUACAAAGGAAACGUGGCAUUGCUAGGCGAUGCAGUUACAUUUGGGAGGACUGUCUCCACGGCAACCGGCGAUGGUUUGCCCUCGUGCUCAUGCAUUCCCAACCCUGGAGACGGGAGAGGGUCUGCGACCGUUCGUCAGUAUAUGAAUUGCCCUAGUGGUUUUUGCUCGUGCGGUGGGACUGGUAGUUCUUGUCUGUAUAGGAUUGGAGCAUUCUACUGCCAGAUUGAUACUGGGACCACGGUGGAGAGGAUAACAACAAUAACUCUCAACUCAAACGCCGAUAUUAUGCCAAAGCGCCAGACUAUCACGGUAAGCCUAGGAGAAGCGCUCACCCUUCAAGUCACCACCACCUUGUCUCCGCUCCCAGACUGGCAAUGGAGGAAGACAUCGGCUGAAUUUAACAGCUGGCUAAAUGAUUGGUCUGGUAUCCAGUCUCCAACUAUAAGUUCUGUCACUGCAGCUGAUGCGGGUGUGUACGAAUGCCAUGUACCACAACAGAGAGGCCAGGGGCGCCAUGCUAUCUUCAGAGUAAUAGUCAGAGGUUGCCCUAGUAACAUGUGGGGAACUUCGACUGGCUGUCAGAACGCCUGCCCAGUGUGUUAUAACGGCGGUAUGUGUCAUGACGUUACCGGGCAAUGCAUCUGUGCUCCGGGUUUCAGUGGCUCCAUCUGUCAAAUCGCGAAUGGAAGAAAUGGAUGGGGAAUGAAUGGCACACUACCAUGUGCAGGGGCUGAGGAUCGUCACGGUGCGUCAUGCAGAGGACGUCUGUUUUGCCUUCAAGAUCCGUUCGGUUGCUCCUGUGCGGCCGGCUACAAGGGAAUUGGCUGUGACCAGGAGUGCGAUGAACCCAACACCUUUGGACCAUACUGCACUCAAACCUGCCACUGCGCUGAAGGCAUCAGGUGCUUAACGGACACUGGCGAAUGCAACGAUCCAUCAUGCACCGACGAAUACUGCCCUCAACGCUGCGCUUCAGGCUGGAAGGGAAGGAAUUGUCAAGUUCAGACGCCGUGCCCGCUCGGUUACUAUGGCGAGAUUUGUACACAAAGCUGCAAUUGCCGUGACAACCAAGCAUGCAAUGAGGAGUCAGGAGACUGCAUCGACGGCUGUGCAGACGGCUACAGGGGAGCGGCUUGUGACCAAGAUGUAACCAGAACCAUUGUCGAUUUUGGACAGACCGGUAAACCCAACGCCGGCCAGCCAGUAACUGUUUAUUGUGAGACAGUGGGGAACCCCCUACCCACAGAAGAUGACAUCAUUCUACUGGAUGCCAGUAAUCAGCAGAUCGAUCCCUUUAGUUCCAUCAACUCCACUGGUUUCAAUGACUACAGGAGAAUCAACGAGUACGUCUUGACUGGAGACGAUGCAGCCUCGGGAGCACGAUUGACUUGCAACCUUCGCCAACUCGACAGCACCUCUCUCGCUACAUACCUAACGCUGGAUGUAUAUGAUCUGCCGUUUCUUGCAUCAGCCCCGUACAUAGGUUUCACUGAUUCUGCAAGCAUCAUUGUCAGAUGGAGUCCGUGGACCUCUACGCAGGGUCGUGGGGACGGGCCCGUCCUACGCAUCGAGGUCCAUUACCGGCUCCGAAGCGACGACGUGGACGAUACUACGUAUGCGUUUGUAGAAACAGCGGCCACCAACACUAGCACCUCAUUGAUCAUCAGGGGACUGGAGGUAGACACCGAGUAUGACUUUGUCGUCGUGGUAGUGAGGGAGGGGGGUGGUGGGGCUGGACCCCCUAGCCCUAAGGUGACAAUCGGAACGACCUGUGCAACUCCAACGGCAGACCCGAUUGCGCAGCUUGAUGUUCUUAGCGGCACUGAACUACGUCUUUCAUGGCAGUUCCCGCCUGAAUCCACGUGGCAGUGUCGCAGUUUGCAGUAUGUCCAGGUCUACCAGAAACAAAGCUCCGAUAGUGAAUUUCCCAGUAACGCCAUAGAGUACGAAUCCACGGGAACGUUUACCACUCUCGGUUCCCUGGUACCCUGCAACAGCUAUGAUGUGUACGUUACGUUCAGCAACCGAGAUGGGUUCUUCAGUCCGGACAGUAGCGUAGUCAGUGCAGCCACUGCAACCACAGCUCCUGGUCCGGUGACCUCAUUGCAAAUGUUUCCCCCAACCGUUGGUUCACACCAUCAGCUUGGAGUCAGUUGGUCGUCACCGUCAGCAGCCGACAACAAUUGCCAGGUCGAUGCUUACAUCAUAGGUCACUCUCUGACGAGGAUAAAGGCAUGCGGCUCAUCCGGCACUGACCCUGGUACCGUAUCGCAAAGAGUCUUUAGUGUUGUCACUGCAGUGUCAUUGAACAACCUUAAACCGUACUCCAGCUACAGGGUGUCCGUGGUCGCUGUGAAUUCAGCAGGGAAUUCCACUGUUAUCACAUCGUCGGCAGACACAAGUUCAACAGUGCCAAGCUUUGUACCAACGGUGAACGUACUGGAUUCCGAUAUUACUUCCAACAGCAUACGUUUCACAUGGGAUGAGGUUUCCUGUGAAGAUGUGAACGGUCCGUACUCAAGCUACACUUACCACCCUGUGUUGACAAACCUUGCAACUGAUGAUUCGUCAACAUACUCCACAAACAAUGAAGUAAAAACGGUGAUUGGGCUGACCCCCUGCACAAUGUACAGUUUUCAGGUCGCAGUUGUCAAUACUGUUGGAAUCGGAACUUACAGCAAUGCUACUGAGGUGACUACCAAGACAGUGGUUCAAUCUCAGGUUAGUGAUUUAUCCGCUGAGGCUGUUGACGGCUAUCCCACUGUCCUCCGUGUUCGGUGGAAUCUACCGUUUGGCAACUGCCCCAUAGAUCACUACACAGUCAGCUAUGACUUGUAUUGGUUAUUGCGGUGCGAAUAUCCAGCUAGCAAUCGCAUCGUAGCAGGAAGAACGACCGAUAUGGAGUACAACAUUACCAGCCUCUUCCCAAACUCUAGGUAUAAAGUGUAUGUCAGGGCAACGACCUCAGUCGGUGAGGGGGUUGAAGAUGUUGCAUAUGUUUAUACUGCCGAAGCAGCCCCAUCCGAACCUCCCCAGAACGUCAUCAACACGACAACGCUAAAGCGUAGUCUGAGGUUCGCCUGGCAGUCACCGUCAUGCCCUGGUCGUCGUGGUGUGAUUGUCGGCUACACGUACCUACUAAUUGAUCUAGAAAGAGGCGGGGAGAAUGUGACAGAAGACACCAGCUCAUCUGUGACGGACGCUUACAUUGAUGGUCUGGUACCAUACACCCUGUACUCAUUCCAAGUCCUGGCACGCACCGCGGCCGGAGAUGGUCCCUAUAGUGAUGCUAUAAAUCUACGCACAGACCAAGCAGAUCUGCCGUUUCUAACAUCAGCCCCGUACAUAGGUUUCACUGAUUCUGCAAGCAUCAUUGUCAGAUGGAGUCCGUGGACCUCUACGCAGGGUCGUGGGGACGGGCCCGUCCUACGCUUCGAGGUCCAUUACCGGCUCCGAAGCGACGACGUGGACGAUACUACGUAUGAGUUUGUAGAAACAGCGGCCACCAACACUAGCACCUCAUUGAUCAUCAGGGGACUGGAGGUAGACACCGAGUAUGACUUUGUCGUCGUGGUAGUGAGGGAGGGGGAUGGUGGGGCUGGACCCCCUAGCCCUAAGGUGACAAUCGGAACGACCUGUGCAACUCCAACGGCAGACCCGAUUGCGCAGCUUGAUGUUGUGAGCGGUACGGAACUACGUCUUUCAUGGCAGUUCCCUCCAGAAUCCACGUGGCAGUGUCGCAGUUUGCAGUAUGUCCAGGUCUACCAGAAACAAAGCUCCGAGAGUGAAUUUCCCAGUAACGCCAUACAGUACGAAGCCACGGGAUCAUUCACCACUCUCGGUUCCCUGGUACCCUGCACCAGCUAUGAUGUGUACGUUACAUUCAGCAACCGAGAUGGGUUCUUCAGUCCGGACAGUAGCAUAGUCAGUGCAGCCACUGCAACCACAGCUCCUGGUCCGGUGACCUCAUUGCAAAUGUUUCCCCCAACCGUUGGUUCACACCAUCAGCUUGAAGUCAGUUGGUCGUCACCGUCAUCAGCGUCAUCAGCCGACAACAAUUGCCCGGUCGAUGCUUACAUCAUCAGUCACUCUCUGACGAGGAUAAAAGCAUGCGGCUCAUCCGGCACUGACCUUGGUACCGUAUCGCAAAGAGUCUUUAGCGUUGUCACUGCAGUGUCAUUGAACAACCUUAAACCGUACUCCAGCUACAGGGUGUCCGUGGUCGCUGUGAAUUCAGCAGGGAAUUCCACUGUUAUCACAUCGUCGGCAGACACAAGUUCAACAGUGCCAAGCUUUGUACCAACGGUGAACGUACUGGAUUCCGAUAUUACUUCCAACAGCAUACGUUUCACAUGGGAUGAGGUUUCCUGUGAAGAUGUGAACGGUCCGUACUCAAGCUACACUUACCGACCUGUGUUGACUAACCUUGCAACUGAUGAUUCGUCAACAUACUCCACAAACAAUGAAGUGAAAACUGUGAUUGGGCUGACCCCCUGCACAAUGUACAGUUUUCAGGUCGCAGUUGUCAAUACUGUUGGAAUCGGAACUUACAGCAAUGCUACUGAGGUGACUACCGAAACAGUGGUUCAGUCUCAGGUUAGUGAUUUAUCCGCUGAGGCUGUUGACGGCUAUCCCACUGUCCUCCGUGUUCGGUGGAAUCUACCGUCUGGCAACUGCCCCAUAGAUCACUACACAGUCAGCUAUGACUUGUAUUGGUUAUUGCGGUGCGAAUAUCCAGCUAGCAAUCGCAUCGUAGCAGGAAGAACGACCGAUAUGGAGUACAACAUUACCAGCCUCUUCCCCAACUCUAGGUAUAAAGUGUAUGUCAGGGCAACGACCUCAGUCGGUGAGGGGGUUGAAGAUGUCGAAUAUGUUUAUACUGCCGAAGCAGCCCCGUCCGAACCUCCCCAGAACGUCAUCAACACGGCAACGCUAAAGCGUAGUUUGAGGUUCGCCUGGCAGUCACCUCCGUGCCUUGGUCGCCGUGGUGACAUUGUAGGGUACACAUACCUACUAAUUGAUCUAGAAAGAGGCGCGGAGAAUGUGACAGCAGACACCAGCUCAUCUGUGAUGGACGCUUACAUUGGUGGUCUGGUACCAUACACCCUGUACUCAUUCCAAGUCCUGGCACGCACCGCGGCCGGAGAUGGCCCCUAUAGUGAUGCUAUAAAUGUACGCACAGACCAAGCAGAACCACCUGAAAUCACCUCCGUCACGACACCUAGCGGCAAUGCCACUUCCACCACUGUCCAGUGGCCCAGGCCAGACCAUAACGGCAUCAUCAUAGCCUACUACGUAGUCUACGGAAUCGUAUCCCAAGGAAACCAGUCGACGCUGCAAGUCACUGAAGGACUGAACGAUACCGCCAUUGAAGUCGAACUGACUGGUUUGGUAACUGACAGCAAUUAUUCAAUACAGAUCCAGGCCGAAACAAUAGUGAAAAGAGGUCCGUUGAGUGAACCAAUCUAUCGCAUCAUACAUUACCGAGACACCGUCCCUCCAGAAUUCACAGCCAAUUCCUGUCCGUCACCAAUAUCUCGUGUGGCUGAACUUCGAAGCAUGGUAACCAUGGUAACAUGGACUGAUCCUACAGCCACUGACAAUGUUGCUCCUAUUGUGCAAUGCACACCGGCCUCCGGAACGAACUUCACGAUUGGUCUAACACCUGUCACAUGUACAGCAACGGAUGCUGCUGGAAAUGAGGCCACUCUUGAUUGCGCCUUUAAUGUGACUGUAACAGAUUUCAAUGAGUGUGCAGCCUGGCUGGGUGCAUAUGGUCGUCACGAUUGUGUCCAUUCAGAGUGUAAUAACACGGAUGGAGGUUUCACGUGUAUAUGUCACAAUGGCUUCAGUAAACCUAACAUGAACGAUCACACGUGUACAGACACUACGCCUCCAGUCUUUCUCGCUAACACCUGUCGGUCGCCGGGUUCCAAGGUAGCAUAUCCUAGAAGUAUGACAUCAACUUCAGUUACUUGGACUACUCCUACAGCCACGGAUACUACAGGAAUAGCUCCUACUGUGACGUGUACACCAUCAACCAAUCACGCCUUUAGGAUUGGUGAUACUGCUGUCACAUGUACAGCAAGAGAUGCUGCUGGCAAUAUGGCUCUGAUUAACUGUUUAUUCACAGUCACCGUUAUAGAUUUUGAUGAAUGUUCUGCAGUGACGAAUGGAGAUAAUUGUGAUACACACGCAGACUGUACAAACAUUGAUGGAGGUUUUCUAUGCAGCUGUAUAGUUGGCUACAUUGGAAACGGAGUGACGUGCACAGACGUUCCCUCCGCACCUGUCAAGGUUCUCUUGGAUGAUGAAGGAGACACCUGCGUGGUCACGUGGGAUCCACCCGAACAAGAAAAUGGCACACUUGAUAUAAUUUCCUACAAGAUUUUCCGAAAUGCGUACCUGUAUCCAGACUCUGGUUCGAAACAUUUGGGUGAAAUCUCCGACUUGGCCGUGUCUGACUUCGUUGUCACCGAUGCGACUCCAAGAUUGUAUGCCGUCAACAAGAUGGACUUGCCUGCCUACACGCGCUACAGAUUUCAGAUCUCUGCGUCUACGUCAAACAGUGAAGGACCGACCAGUACAGAGACUGAGAUAACCUGUGAUUCUCCAAGAAGAGUUCCUGCCAACCUCCUGCCACUGGUAUUGUCUGACAUUUCGAGGUAUCAAAUCACCGAGACCACAAUCAAACUAAGAAUAGCACCAGUGAAUCAAAGAAAUGGGCCUGUCAGUUGUGUGGAGGUGACGGUGAUUCGGCUGAAUGAUGACGAGGGAAUUGAAGGAAAGGAUCCAGACAUUUUAUAUCACCCUGACCUCCUUCGCAGCUAUGACGAAGCACAACAGUCGACAGGUUUACCAUACGUAGCCAUGGUGUUUAAAGGAAAUGACUUGAGCAAAUCUGCCGAAAUUGAAAUCGGGAGCGGUGGGGAGUCUUCAUGUGGUGGCUCCAGACGUAAGAAGAGGCAGACUCCUCCGAGCCAUACGGGUGAAAACGGCCCUCUCAUACCCCACACCAAAUACACAGCGUUCAUACGAGCAUACGUCCUCUUAGACAAUCAAAGGGAGGAUUACGUUACAAGUCCACGGCUUCAGCCCGUGUGGACCGACCCUUCUGGAACCCGAAAUAUUGCAGUAAUUGCUGUGGUCAGUGUAGUAAGCACAACACUCAUCAUUGCAUUGAUUGCAUGUGGUGUGAGGGUGGGGAUACGGAGGAAGAAACGAAGAAACAAGCACAGGCUUCUGAAAAUGACAGCCAUGGAAAUGGGUCGCAUCGACUAUAAAGUGACUCCUCCUGAGAGCGAAAUAGCAACCGCAGACUACAAGGACCUUGGCCUGCCAUCGUGGGCCCUGCGGUGGGAGAUUCUCUGGGAGAAUCUGGUAGUCGAUGACAAAGUCCUCGGUCGAGGGAACUUUGGUGAAGUGAGAUUGGGAACUGUAAUCAUCGGUGGGAUGAUGACCAAGACUGCUAUCCAAGUACUGAAAGGUGAUGCAUCGAAAACUGACCGGGAAGAUUUCAUGGAGGAAUUUCGUACAAUGACCAACAUCGGAUAUCAUCCUAAUGUGGUGUCGUUGCUUGGGGCAUGCCAGCAUGAAGAUGUUAUGUUCGUUGCCCUUGAGCAUCUCCCAAACGGCGAUCUGCGCACUUAUCUGCGCAAGGCUCGUACACAAUCGGAGUCGGACGAGGGCGCCCUGUCCUCCGAUCAGCUGAUCAAAUUUGCUCUGGAUGUUGCUAAGGGGAUGAAGCACCUAUCUACGUCCGGGGUAAUUCAUCGUGAUUUGGCGUCCAGAAACAUCUUGCUCGGUGAGCAAUUGGUCGCCAAAGUCUCUGAUUUUGGGCUUUCGAGAGGACAGGACAUUUAUGUCCAGACGUCUAUGCCUCGUAUAUCAACUCGUUGGCUGGCCAUUGAAUCGUUGUUGGAUCGCACCUACACAACUCAAAGUGACGUAUGGUCCUUUGGCAUCCUCCUAUGGGAAAUAGCUUCAAUUGGAGGCACACCAUACCCAACCAUUGCCACCAAGUCCCUAGCAGAUCAGCUGAAGGAAGGAUACCGCUUGACUAAACCAGCCAACUGCGAUGACCAAAUGUACUCCUUGAUGCUUCGUUGCUGGGAGGAGGACCCUAGCAACAGACCCUCCUUCAGUGAUCUGAUCCGCAUCCUCAGCAAGAUGGAUGAGAAUAAGACUGAACAGAAAUACAUGGCGAUCGAUCGCGCCCUAAGUGAGAACUUCAGCGUGAUCCGACCGGAGCUUGACGACAACUAAACGGACGUGCCAGUUCUGAGUCUUCCUACUGGUAGAAGAAAAAGAUCAGCAUUUACAUGAAAUAUUAACAAAAUGCACAACCUACUCAAAUACAUAGCUUGAGUUCAACCAAAGUGUGAAAUGGAUUUUGUUAUCAACUUGUUUACUAUAUACUCAUGGUUAAUUUCAUGGUUUCAGUAUAUUUUUGCAUGUCUUUUUUUUUGUGUAUUUUUGUCGCGAAUAAAGACGUUUAAAUUUAAGAUGAUAAUCGACAAUGAAUUUUUUGAUUAAUUAAAAUUGAAGUUUCGAAGCUCACGGAAAGUCCAGAUUAGAAUUUAGGCAAAAUUAAUUGUAAUUGUUAAUAGUGUGAAAAAAUACUGUGGCAUAAGUAGUUACACGGAAAUAGGCGUAUGUUAAACAGAUUAUAGCGUUGUGCCGAUUUUUUUCUUUAAGAAUUAGUUUUGUAGAAGUGUUGUGUGCAUUUGAAAUAAAUACACUACUAAUCAGCCUGUACAUAUUUAUGUCUGUAGUAACAUUUUUUUACAAAAAAUCUCUCAACAGUUUUUUUUUAAAGAUUUCUCUAUAAAAUCGUUCAUUAAUACACAGAUAUAUUCAUAAAUUGGAUAAUUGUUAACUGCUACCGAGAUCUACCGUUUUUAUGUUUGCAUUUGGUUGGUACACAUUAAUGAAUUUAUACCAUGUGGAAGCUUUCAUAUCAGGAGGCAUUAUUAAAUGCUGAAUUAUAUACUCCAAGUGUAGUUUACGUUGUAUUUUCAUAGCAUCGGCAUAUAAAGUGGCUUUUUCUUCU